CGCCGGCGGGCGCGUCGGCUUCCUUUGUUUCCCCCCGCGGGACCUGCUGCUGCUGCGCUCUGGAGGGCCGACCGAGGAUCGUUGUGAAGAGAAGUCAGAGGGUUUAGCAGAAUGCCUGGCAUGUGAUCCUCUUCUCACAAUGAAGGCCCCCGCUGCGCUGGCACCUGGCAUCUUUGUGCUACUAUUUACCUUGGUGCAGAGGAGCCAUGGGGAGUGCAAGGAGGCCCUGGUGAGGUCUGAGAUGAAUGUGAACAUGAACUAUCAACUUCCCAACUUCACCGCGGAAACACCCAUCCAGCAUGUCAUCCUGCAUGGGCAUCACGUUUACGUUGGAGCCACUAACAACAUUUAUGUUUUAAAUGACACAGACCUUCAGAAGGUGGCUGAGUACAAGACCGGACCCGUGUUGGAGCAUCCAGAUUGUUUUCCAUGUCAGGACUGCAGCAACAAGGGCAAUUUAUCAGGGGGCAUUUGGAAAGAUAACAUCAACAUGGCUCUGCUUAUUGACACCUACUACGAUGACCAGCUCAUUAGCUGUGGCAGUGUCAACAGAGGGACCUGUCAGCGACAUGUCCUUCCACCCCAUAAUCCUGCUGACAUACAGUCUGAGAUUCAUUGCAUGUUCUCCCCACAAGCAGACGAAGAGUCCGGCCAGUGUCCUGACUGUGUGGUGAGCGCCCUGGGAGCCAAAGUCCUCUUGUCUGAAAAGGAUCGGUUCAUCAAUUUCUUUGUGGGAAACACCCUAAAUUCUUCCUACCUUCCAGACCAUUCAUUGCAUUCAAUAUCUGUGAGAAGGCUGAAGGAAACCCAAGAUGGCUUUAAAUUUUUAACAGACCAGUCCUAUAUUGAUGUCUUACCUGAAUUCCGAGAUUCUUACCCCAUUAAGUAUAUACAUGCCUUUGAAAGCAACCAUUUUAUUUACUUUCUGACAGUCCAAAGGGAAACCUUGGAUGCUCAGACUUUUCACACGAGAAUAAUCAGGUUCUGUUCUGUAGACUCUGGGCUACAUUCCUACAUGGAAAUGCCUCUGGAGUGUAUUCUCACAGAAAAGAGAAGAAAGAGAUCCACAAGGGAGGAAGUGUUUAAUAUUCUCCAGGCUGCAUAUGUCAGUAAGCCUGGGGCCAACCUUGCAAAGCAAAUAGGAGCCAGCCCAAAAGAUGACAUUCUGUAUGGGGUGUUUGCACAAAGCAAGCCAGACUCUGCUGAACCAAUGAAUCGAUCAGCAGUCUGUGCAUUCCCCAUCAAAUAUGUCAAUGAAUUCUUCAACAAGAUUGUCAACAAAAACAAUGUGAGAUGUCUCCAGCAUUUUUAUGGACCCAACCAUGAGCACUGUUUUAACAGGACCCUGCUGAGGAAUUCGUCAGGCUGUGAAGCACGAAAUGAUGAGUAUCGAACGGAGUUUACCACUGCUUUGCAGCGUGUCGACUUGUUUACUGGCCAGUUCAACCAAGUGCUCUUAACAUCUAUAUCUACCUUCAUUAAAGGCGACCUCACCAUUGCUAAUCUGGGGACGUCAGAGGGCCGCUUCAUGCAGGUUGUGGUGUCUCGAACGGUAUCAUUCACUCCUCAUGUGAAUUUUCGCCUGGAUUCCCACCCUGUUUCUCCAGAAGUGAUUGUGGAGCACCCCUUAAACCAAAAUGGCUACACACUAGUUGUCACAGGGGGAAAGAUCACCAAGAUCCCAUUGAACGGCUUGGGCUGUGGACAUUUUCAGUCCUGUAGUCAGUGUCUCUCAGCCCCUUCCUUUGUACAGUGUGGCUGGUGCCACAAUCAAUGUGUGCGAUCAGACGAAUGCUCAGAUGGGACAUGGACUCAAGAGAUAUGUUUACCUGCAAUCUAUAAGGUUUUUCCCACUAGUGCACCCCUUGAAGGAGGGACAAUGCUGACUAUCUGUGGCUGGGACUUUGGAUUUAAGAAGAAUAAUAAAUUUGAUUUAAGGAAAACCAAAGUUCUCCUUGGCAAUGAGAGCUGCACCUUGACAUUAAGUGAAAGCACAACAAAUAGAUUGAAAUGCACAGUUGGUCCUGCAAUGAAUGAGCAUUUCAAUAUGUCUGUGAUUGUUUCAAACAGUCGAGGGAAAGCACAGUAUAGUGCAUUUUCCUAUGUGGAUCCCAUCAUAACAAGUGUUUCUCCAAGUCAUGGUCCCAAAGCUGGUGGCACUUUACUUACUGUAACUGGAAAGUACCUCGACAGUGGCAAUUCUAGACACAUUUCCAUUGGUGGGAAAACAUGUACUUUGAAAAGUGUGUCAAAUAGUAUUCUUGAGUGUUAUACCCCAUCCCAAACUAUCUCAGCUGAGUUUCCCAUUAAAUUGAAAAUUGACUUAGCUAAUCGAGAGACAAGUAGCUUCAAUUACCGGGAAGACCCCAUUGUCGAUGAAAUCCAUCCAACUAAAUCUUUUAUUAGUGGUGGGAGCACAAUCACGGGUAUUGGAAAAAAUCUGAAUUCAGUCAGUAUCCCAAAGCUGGUAAUAAAUGUGCAUGAAGCUGGAAGGAACUAUACAGUGGCAUGUCAGCAUCGCUCUAAUUCAGAAAUCAUCUGCUGCACCACGCCUUCACUGCAACAGCUGAAUCUGCAACUCCCCCUGAAGACCAAAGCCUUUUUCAUGUUAGAUGGGAUCCUUUCCAAACACUUUGAUCUCACUUAUGUACAUAAUCCUGUGUUUAAGCCUUUUGAAAAGCCAGUGAUGAUCUCAAUAGGCAAUGAAAAUGUACUAGAAAUAAAGGGAAAUGAUAUUGACCCUGAAGCAGUUAAAGGAGAAGUUUUAAAAGUUGGAAAUAAGAGCUGUGAGAAUAUACAUUCAUAUCCUGAAGCUGUUUUAUGCACGGUCCCCAAUGACCUGCUGAAGUUGAACAGUGAGCUAAAUAUAGAGUGGAAGCAAGCAGUCUCCUCAACUCUCCUUGGAAAAGUCAUAGUGCAACCAGAUCAGAAUUUCACAGGAUUGAUCAUCGCUGUUGUCUCAAUAUCAAUAAUACUUUUGUUGUUACUUGGGCUGUUCCUGUGGCUGAAAAAGAGAAAACAAAUUAAAGAUCUGGGCAGUGAAUUAGUUCGCUAUGAUGCAAGAGUACAUACUCCUCAUUUGGAUAGGCUUGUAAGUGCCCGAAGUGUAAGUCCAACUACAGAGAUGGUUUCAAAUGAAUCUGUAGACUACCGAGCUACUUUUCCAGAAGACCAGUUUCCUAACUCCUCUCAGAACGGAUCAUGCAGACAAGUUCAGUAUUCUCACACAGACCUGUCCCCCAUCCUAACUAGUGGGGAUUCUGAUAUAUCCAGUCCAUUACUGCAAAACACCGUCCACAUUGACCUCAGCGCUCUAAAUCCAGAGCUGGUCCAAGCAGUGCAGCAUGUAGUGAUCGGGCCUAGCAGCCUGAUUGUACAUUUCAAUGAAGUCAUAGGAAGAGGGCAUUUUGGCUGUGUUUAUCAUGGGACUCUGUUGGACAAUGAUGGCAAGAAAAUUCACUGUGCUGUGAAAUCCUUGAAUAGAAUCACUGACAUAGAGGAAGUUUCCCAGUUUCUAACUGAAGGAAUCAUCAUGAAAGAUUUUAGCCAUCCCAAUGUUCUCUCACUCUUGGGAAUCUGCCUUCGCAGUGAAGGGUCUCCACUGGUGGUUCUGCCAUACAUGAAGCAUGGAGAUCUUCGAAAUUUUAUUCGCAAUGAAACCCAUAACCCAACUGUAAAAGAUCUUAUAGGAUUUGGUCUUCAAGUAGCCAAAGGCAUGAAAUAUCUUGCAAGCAAAAAGUUUGUCCACAGAGACUUAGCUGCAAGGAACUGUAUGUUGGACGAAAAGUUCACUGUCAAGGUUGCUGAUUUUGGUCUUGCUAGAGAUAUGUAUGAUAAAGAAUACUAUAGUGUACACAACAAGACAGGAGCCAAGCUGCCAGUGAAGUGGAUGGCUCUGGAGAGUCUGCAAACCCAGAAGUUUACCACCAAGUCAGAUGUGUGGUCCUUUGGCGUGCUCCUUUGGGAGCUGAUGACAAGAGGAGCCCCUCCUUACCCUGACGUCAACACAUUUGAUAUCACCAUUUACUUGUUGCAAGGCAGAAGGCUCUUACAACCCGAGUACUGCCCAGACCCCUUGUAUGAAGUGAUGCUAAAAUGCUGGCACCCCAAAGCUGAAAUGCGCCCAUCCUUUUCUGAGCUGGUCUCCAGGAUCUCAGCAAUCUUCUCCACUUUCAUCGGGGAGCACUACGUCCAUGUGAACGCUACUUAUGUGAAUGUAAAAUGUGUGGCUCCUUACCCUUCCCUGUUAUCAUCACCAGAUAACGUUGAUGGUGAGGUGAACACAUGAUUGAUGGGAGGCUUACCAACUCCCAUCCAAGAAGUAUCAUAGAACAGCCCACACAACGGUCUACACUUUUUCCAACGGUUUGCACUGCCUGGCCUUUGAAAGGUCAUCCAGUAUUUUUUGCUCUUGCCAAAAUGGUGCCACUGCAAGACUUUGAAUUGCUUUAUCAUUUCUGAGUGGGUUCCUAAGGAACUUUUCAUCUGACAAAGCAUGAAGAACAGAAGCUUGGUCCCAUAGACUGGUAACCAAUGGCAACCUGCAGUUGUGACAGCACUCCUGUCUCAGUGGAGUCCAAAACCGUAAUUCUGGGUUGAAAUUUUUAAAAAUCAGAGUCCCACUUGAUUUUAGGUGAGGAACUCAUACAUUUGAAGAAUCUUCACAGAGAAAUCAGAAGCAGUGGCCUUAUGCAAGACAGAUAUGACAGCCCAGGGCCAGGCCACUAAUUUGAACACCACUGCUUCAGAGAACUUUUGUCUGUUGUGUGGUCAUGAACAUUUCCCAUUACUGACAUCUCAUUCACCCAUCAGGCAAGCAUUCCCUUUAAAAUUUCUGUAUACACAUUCCUUUGGUUGGAUGACUGUCCAGCCAUAAUGCACUUACAGUUUCAAAAUAGCAUGACAUGAGAUGUGUUUAUAAGUCAUCAGGGAUUUUUAUGUAUUGUACAUAAAUAUUAAGGUUUUCAAAAGUAGCUUAUUUACUAUGAAAUUCUUAGUUUUCAAUUACAAAUCAACUGUUUAAUUGGGAGUGGUAGCUCAGCCCUAUAUCCUCAGUACUUAGAAGGCUGAGUCAGGAAGAUUACCACAAGGUCAAGGCCAACGUGAACAAGAUAAUGAUUUUUCCAGGCAAGCCUGGGCAAUAGUAUGAGACCCUGUCUCAAACAAAACAAGACAAAACAUUCAACUGUUUGAGAAUGAAACUGUUCUGACCUUGGGAAUAUUAAUACAUUUUAUCUGUUUUUUAACAGCAACUUGGAAAAUAAGUAAUUUGUGAUGGUAAAUAUUUUUAAAAGUAAUCAGUAUGUUUUUAAAUAAGAGUGCAACUGACAGAAUAACUGGUUCCAGGAACAGCUUGUAUGUAAAACAAAGAAAAGGUCAGGGGACUGGAAAUAUUAACUCUCAGGUGGAGGCCUCCCACUGCGCAAACAAGGGGAGACAAAGCUUGGGAAGUUCUGUUUUACAUUACAGCAUAUUUUGUGUUAAAUAAAAGCAUAUUUUAAAAACAGUCAAACAAAAAGCCAAUCAAAACUUCCAUCUGGAUGAACAGUUACUCCAGGCAGGACUUUAGAGAUGUUUCAUUCUGUGGAAAUCUUGUGCCUACUACUGUAUAGUGCAUGUGGCGUGGGUUGCUCCAACGGUUUGCCAUUGUACACGCUGAGAUUAUAUUUUUAUAGAAAUGUUUAUUUUUCAUGAUACAAGAAAAAUUUUGUUAGGCCACAAAAAUACUGCACUGUGAACAUUUCAGAAAAGGUAUGUCAAACUCAGAUUAAUAGCAGCUUGAUUUUAAUGACUGUAAAUAGUGAUAAGGAAAUGUACUGAUUGCCAGUACACCCCACCCUCAUUACAUCACCAGGAUUUGAAGCCAGGGGUUAAUAGAGCAAGCUAUGACAAGCAUGUGUUUUGCUGAAGCCCAGUCAUCAGGUUUGGCUGUUGUUGCAGGAAAAUGAUUGCAACCAAAAGCUCUUUGAAUAUGGUAGAACUUGCCAGAAUACAUGAGGAAUUGUCUGCAGAGGUAUUUCAAGUCAAAUGUUACUGUGUCGUAAUUGUAAAGGACAGUACUAAUUCACAGAGUAUUUCAAAUGGUGGAUGAUAAAAAAAAAAAUCUGCAAAAUUAAACACUGUCUCUAUGAGGUCAGGAAAAUAAAUGUAUUAAGAGCAGAGAGCUUGUAGAAACAGCCCGUCAGUAGGGCUGCAUACCUGUACAUAUCCUUGAGAAAGCUACAAUGUGAAAAUCUUGUUUUCUAUUUAUGAACUUUUGUAGGUUAAUGUGUCUGGACAGAUUGUGGGAGUAAUUCUUCUAAGCAUUAAAAACUUGUCACUGCCUAUACCUGCAGUUGAGCUGAAUGGUACUACAUAUGUUAAUAGUUGUUCUAAUAAACCAUAACAUGAAAUAAAAUGAUGUAAGAUCUUGUAUACUGAAAA